UGUAAGAAGACAGUAUCUUCAUCUGGGACACGGCAGAAGCUGACGUGUUGCGAAAAGCAAAAUUGUUAAAAUAAUUGGACAAUUGCAAUGACAGCAAUCAGUGAAGAUGAUUGUUCAGAAAAAAAGUUUAGAGGAAGUCUUGGCUUUCGGCACGUGCAGGUGUUGCUUUUAUUCUUCGCCAUGACUUUUGGGUUCGCAUUCAGAAGCAACAUAAGUAUGGCAGUCGUGGCCAUGACUGACAACAGCAAUGAAAUUCACUUUGACUGGAGCAUCCAAGCGCAAAGUGUGAUCCUGUCAUCCUUCACAUGGGGCUACGUAGUAUCGCAGUUCCCGGGGGGAGAGCUGGUCUCCCGAUUUGGAGGGAAGCUGCUUCUUUGCUUAGGUCUAGCAGUGAACUCAGCUGUAUCCUUGGUGACGCCCAUCAGUGCACAAAUAGGUGGUUGGAAAAUGGUAUGUUUAUGCCGGGUCAUCCAAGGAUUCUCGCAAGGAAUCUUAAUGCCUGCUGUGCACCACCUCAUCGGGAAAUGGUCUCCCUUAGAAGAGAAAAGCCGUGUAGGAACUUUUAUUUAUUCAGGGGCAUAUUUUGGUAUAGCUCUACAAAUGGUUAUAUCAGGAUACCUGGUUAGUUUCUUCGGCUGGCCUGCGAUCUUUUACACCAACGCCAUCAUGGGAGUAGUUUUGAUGAUUUUGUACAUCAUCUUUGGGGCUAACUCCCCACAAACCUCAAGAUGGAUCAGUGAGAAGGAGAAGCUUUAUAUACAGACAUCUUUGGGACAAAUCGGGGGAGAUAAGAGGCUGCCAACUCCAUGGAAAAAAAUGUGGACGUCCAUGCCUUUCAUAUCCCUGAUCAUAGCUAACUGCGCACAGAACUGGGGGUUGUGGACUCUGAUGACGCUCAUGCCAUCGUAUUUGAGUCAAGUCCAAGGAGUCAGCAUCAGAUCGAAUGGCCUAAUGUCAGCGAUACCAUACUUCGCUAUAUUCAUAGUGGGUUUUGUAUUUGGAUACAUCGCUGAUGUCGUUGUAAGAAACAAAUGGUGCAGCAUCACCACCACUAGAAAGAUCUUCAAUACAGUAGGCUUUUUCGGUCCUGGUUUUGCGUUGAUCGGCCUGUCGUACUCCCCGGCUGACGUCGCCAUUGCAGUCAUUCUACUGACCCUCGUGAUGAGUUUAAACGCCGGCCACUUUACCGGCUUCUUGCUGGGCCACAUUGACAUGGCGCCCAAUUUCGCCGGCACCAUGAAUGGCAUAACCAAUGGUUUCGCCAACGUUCUGUCGAUAUUCGCUCCUCUUGCCGCGGGAGUGAUAUUGAAAGACGAGACGGACGCAAACGAUUGGCGAAAGGUAUUCUACCUAUCGUCAGCGAUAUACAUCGGCUGCAAUAUCUUCUAUCUCGUUUUCGGCAGUAGCGAGAGACAAGGCUGGAAUGAGCCAGAUAAAUCUGAAGGUGCUGAUGUGGAGAAAAAAGAAGACACAGAAAAGACUUCAUAAGACAAUUAGAAAUAAAUAAAUUGAUUUUCUAUACUUUU